GUAGUGGUGAUUAAUCUUGAGGUCAAUCCAUUCCAUGUGAGGGCUUGGGAUCCACUCCUGGUUUUGCAGCAGUGGUGUUCGGUUUACCUCUUAGCCUCCCUCUCUCCUGCAUUGCUGUACAAGCAGAUGUUCUGCUACUGAAAAAUCAGUUCAUGCGAGAUCGCGGUCGAAGGAGGUAGCAGACUGUUUCGCAAGCGAAGCAAUAGAGAAGAAAAAAAAAAGGCAGGCUGCUGCCUCUGCCCCUGAACGGAACACGCUUGCAGACUCACGCAACGCACAGCCGCUACACUGAGAAAUUCCAGCGACAGCGUUCUGCACCACACCUGUGUCGCGCUGUUCUUGAGCAGAGAGGACCCAGAACGGAGAUAUCCAUGGACAGGAAGGUGGACUCGGGUGUUUGCUACAAGUGCACAUUCACGGGCUGCUGAAGGGAGAAAAUAAGAACUGCUUCGUCGGCUAACGACACAGACGCGCGAGUUUCUCCGCUGUUUCUUAAACCACCAGCUUUAUCCAAACUUGAACGGACAGGUGCUGAAUAUCAUGUUGUUGCUUCUGGGUCCCUUUGUCUGCUGGAGGUCCGGUCUGAUGUUGGUUGGAAGCUUGCUGCUGUUUGCCGGAUUUACCUACAGUGAUGCCCAACACAUCGCCACUGCGACGAACCCCCUCCCAGCAGCCUUUUCAGACCUGCUGCCUCACUUCCUGGUGGAGCCGGACGACGUCUAUAUCGUCAAGAACAAGCCCGUGACCCUGACCUGCCGCUCCACCCCGGCCACUCAGAUCUACUUCAAGUGCAACGGAGAGUGGGUGCACCAGGAUGACCACAUGAUCGAGCGCACGGUCGACCCAGCGACAGGAUUGCCAGUGAUGCAGGUGAAGAUAGACAUCUCCCGACAGCAGGUGGAGAAGAUUUUCGGGCUGGAGGACUUCUGGUGUCAGUGUGUGGCGUGGAGCACCUCAGGAACACAAAAAAGCCAGAAGGCUUAUGUUCGCAUUGCCUAUCUGAGGAAGAAUUUCGAAAAGGAGCCGUUGGGUAAGGAAGUGGCGUUGGACCAGGAGGUGAUUCUGCACUGCCAGCCCCCCGAGGGGAUACCGCCUGCAGAGGUGGAAUGGCUGAAGAACGAGGACUUGAUCGAUCCUGUUAGUGACACCAACUAUUAUAUCACAAUUGACCACAGUCUCAUCAUCAAGCAAGCCCGCUUAGCAGACACAGCCAACUACACGUGUGUAGCGAAGAAUAUAGUGGCCAGGCGGAAGAGUUCAUCAGCCACAGUCAUUGUCUAUGUCAACGGCGGCUGGUCCACGUGGACAGGGUGGUCGGCCUGCAGCGCCACCUGUGGCCGGGGCUGGCAGAAGAGGAGCCGGAGCUGCACCAACCCCACCCCCCUGAACGGAGGGACCUUCUGCGAGGGGCAGAACGUCCAGAAAAGCGCCUGCACUACCACAUGUCCAGUGGACGGAGGCUGGACCGAGUGGAGUAAAUGGUCAGCCUGUGGAGCGGACUGCACCAUGUGGAGAAGCCGGGAGUGCACUCAGCCAGUGCCGGGAACCGGAGGCAAAGACUGCCAAGGCCUAGAUCUCCAGUCCCAGAACUGCACCAGUGAGCUGUGCCCACAAACUGCUUCAGGCCCGGAAGAUGUGGCUCUCUAUGUUGGAAUUGUUGCUGUGGUUCUCUGCCUCACCCUGCUGCUCAUUGUGGUUGUUCUGGUGUAUCGGCGCAAAAAGGAAGGCCUUGAUGCUGAUGUUGCGGACUCUUCUAUCCUAACCACAGGUUUUCAGCCUGUGGGCAUUAAACCUGCCAAGCCAGAGAACUCCCAUUUGCUUACCAUCCAGCCCGACCUUACCACUACCACCACCAGCUACCAGGGCAGUCUGCGGUCUCGGCACGACGCCACUGGGAAAUUCCCAGUGAGCAACGGCCCCUUGCUGGACCCUCUGCCAAACGGGCAGCACACACUGCACAAUGGCAAGCUGCCCACCGACCCUGCGGACUUCAUGACCCGCCUCUCCACACAGAGUUACUUCAAAUCGCUGCCUCGAGACACAGCCAACACCUCCUACGGUACCUUCAACUUCCUGGGCGGGAGACUGACCAUUCCCAACACAGGAAUCAGCCUGCUCAUUCCUCCUGAGGCCAUUCCCAGAGGGAAGAUAUAUGAGAUUUAUCUGACUGUUCAGAGAAAGGAGGAUGUAAGGUUGCCUCUAGCAGGCUGUCAGACCCUACUAAGCCCCAUUGUAAGCUGUGGCCCACCUGGAGUGGUUCUGACCCGGCCCGUUAUCAUCAGUAUGGACCAUUGCUCUGAUGCAAACCUCGACAACUGGGCCAUCAAGCUGAAGAAGCAAUCAUACGAGGGGAGCUGGGAGGAUGUGCUGCAGGUGGGAGAGGAGCUGCCUUCUGACCCCUAUUACUGCCAGCUGGAGGCGGAGACCUGCCGCGUCUUCACCGAGCAGCUGGGCCGCUUCAUGCUGGUGGGGGAGUCGCUCAGCAUGGCCGCCGCCAAGCGCCUCAAACUGGUCCUGUUCGCCCCAGUGUGCUGCACCACCUUGGAGUACAGCAUCCGGGUCUACUGCAUGGACGACACACAAGAUGUCCUCAAGGAGGUGAUGCAGCUGGAGAAGCAGCUGGGCGGACGACUUAUUGAUGAACCUCAAGUCCUUCUCUUCAAAGACAGUUACCACAACUUGCGUCUCUCCAUCCACGACAUGCCCAGGGCACACUGGAGAAGCAAGCUCCUUGCCGGGUACCAGGAAAUCCCCUUCUAUCACAUCUGGAAUGGCUUCCAGAGAAGCUUGCACUGCACCUUCACCCUGGAGCGACUCAGCCUCAACACGUGCGACCUGAUGUGUCGGCUCUGCGUGUGGCAGGUGGAGGGGGAGGGGCAGAGCUUCAGCAUUGACUUCAACGUCGCCAAGGACAGCAGGCCCGUGGACGCUGACCUCCUUGGUUUGGACAAUAGCGCUCCUGCCCUUGCCGGCCCCAGUGCAUUUCAAAUCCCUUACCUGAUCCGACAGAAGAUCUGCAGCAGUCUGGAUGCCCCCUGCCCACAUGGAGCCGAUUGGCGAUUGCUGGCACAGAGGCUCCAGCUUGACAGGCACCUCAGCUUCUUUGCGUCAAAAGCAAGUCCAACAUCAGUGAUCCUGGACCUGUGGGAGGCUCAGCACUUCCACAGUGGGAACCUGAACCAGUUGGCAGCUGUGAUGGCACAGAUAGGCAAGCAGGAGGCCAUGAUCUUUCUGGUGACGGAUGGAGAGUGUUAAUUUUUAUAUAAGACACCCGGAGAGAUUAAGCCUGGGCUUUGUGUCUUUUGCCUGGGUUUGGGGGCAGAGGGAGAAAGUUCCUACCAUCCUGGCAAGCAGAGGACAGGGCCUAUCUCCUGUAAGAACCGAAUCCAGCCUAAAACCCACACGAUUCAAAACAGCACCACCAAGCCUCACAAUGUAGACUGUGUUGUUAAUUAAGCAUGAUCAUCCCUUGGAACAAUAUGCGACUUUUUUUCCAUUUGCUUUAAACCUAAGGAAUUAACACACAAAUUCAAGAUAAAUUUCACACAGCAGGAAGAUUUGUACACUUUUCACCAGAAAAUGGAGCUUAGUUAACAAUACUGAACAAUAGUAUCACCUGAUCAAGAAGUAGAUCUCUUGAGCAUAAUAUCCAUCUCUGUUAAGAACCACAUGAAAGUGAAAGUAAUGUUUUGCAGCGUGAGGAGUGGUUGAGUUGAGUUUUGCUUUCAGCAGAGGCAUUUGUGUUGAGAUUUCUAAAACCAAUAGCCAGUGGCAGCCUCACUUUUUAAUCUCAAUGCCUUGAGGAGCUGUGAAUCCUGCAAGAUUCUGCAGCCUAACAACUCUGCUGUAAAGGAUUUGUAAUAUGUUUGACUUCUCCCUUAGCUGUAGGUUCAUUUUUUACUAAAAUUAACAAAUUUAAGCACCAUUUUUAAUAUUUGAGUUUUGCAAAAAAAAUAAUUAGAUAUAGAUAUACAUGGAAGGUAUUUAAUAUUUAUCGAUUCUGUUUCUCUUCUUUCUUCCAAUGUGAGGACAAUGAGAGCCUGGCAACUCUCUGGAAUUCUAUAGGGAGUUGGCUUCAAUUUGUUUGUAAAAAGCAAUGAUCUCUUGGAAAGAAAUUGCUAAAACAUUUAAAUAGGAAGCUAUGGCAUCUCUCUGUAAAUAUCAGGAGGGUAUUGACAAAUCUCAGAAUCCUUUUCCAAAAAUCCAAUACCUAGAAUAUAGUACCUGUUCUUCUCCCUCAGCCUCUGUCAUGGAAUUAAUGCUUGAUGGCAAUCUAGUCUGUUCUCUAAUGCCAGCAUUUAGAUUUAAAUUUAAUAUUGUUGUUACUUUAUCAUCCAUCUACUGCAUUGUGCCUGGAACAAAAGACAAACAGUAAUGUGCAUAAUUUGUUAAGUAGAGGCUAUGGGUGGAAAAGAAAAGGGUUAUGGAUGUUUGCUAAUGAAGCGAUUCUAGUCGUAUCCUUAAAAACAAUGAAUAGCAGCACAAAGCCUGAAACAGAUCUGACAAAACAUUCAGAUGAAAAGCACUCGUCUUGUCAUUAUUUAAUUUGAACAAUGCUAUGUUUCUUUGUUGCAGCUGUUUUUAUUUAAUUAAAUGACAUUUAAGCAAAUACAUUAGUGGUAGAAAAUAUUAAUUAAAACACAAUGCAGGGAAAUAAUUACAAGCAGCUUUAGUGCCCUUGCUGUUGAAUGGUGGUUAUUUGAAGUAAUGGUUUGCAGUCUGGCUGCCUGCCACCAGCAACCUGCCACUUUUUUCAUUAAUAAUUCUGUGCAAACCUAUAAUCUCUUUCAUGUGCUUCUUAUGUCAUUAGAAGUAUAGCUAAUCUUAGCCCAUAUGCUUUGCAAUUAUUUUAUAUAAUGGGCUACUUUUGAUUUGUACAGAAGAUACAUGAACUGCUGUCAAAGUAUGUAAGAUUUGUUUAAUCUUUUACAAACCCGAAGGAAGGAAAUUGUGUCUCUGCUGCAGCUAAACAUUUCGGGGUCCUGUUUAUAGUAACCUAGCUCUGCUUUUCCUGUUGGAGAAGGGCACAUUAAUGUUCUGUGCGCAUCCGUAUGAGUGUGAGCAUACCCCUGAGAUUCAAUAUUUUUCAUCAGCCACCUCUGGAAAAUACAAACUACAGUAAAAUAGUAAAAACAGACUAAAAGCUUUGUAUCUUAAGAAUGUGCUGUUUGGGGAGGUUGUGUACGUUUUUCCAGCACCCUCCUUUUUUGAUAACUACGCACACACAUUCUCUCGGACAAAAGAUACUCUACGAUACUAUAGGCUGAACUUCAAUACUUCAACUUCAGCACUGUUAGGGCACACACUUUUGUAAGGGAACUUGCAAGAAAAUGCACUGGGAAUAUUUGAUUGAAGGUAACCAUAGCCAUCAGACCUCUAUUUAAACAAUCAGUGUUAAGUAAUGAAACACCCACAGUCCUCUUGCAGGACCUCCGAGUCCAUUUCCGCUUUAAAUCCACGUUCUAAAAGAUUAGUCCUUUACACUUUUAAUAGAUUGUGCCUUUUGUGUAUGAGUUGAGAGAACUUAUAAAGUAAUGGCAGUGAUGACACAUUGGAUAUACUCAGCUGGACUGGAUUGGAUAUUCAGUUUCUGUUGCUGCCACAAUUAUUCUAAGCCGCUUGUUAGUAGCUUAAUACUGUACCACUACCACUGAAUAUCUUUCACAUCUUCCCGAACAACAGAAUCACUCUAUGAUAAAACAUCAGCAGGCAGUAACUCCUACAGUAGAUGGAUGGGUAAACGAAUUGCCAAAAUUCUGUUUAUCCUAUCGAGUAAAAAUGGGGUCAGAAGAGAUCCGAUGUCAGGGAAAAGAAGCUGUCUUGUUUUGACAUAUUCACUAACUUUCAUGUGGCCAGACAGGGUAUGGCCUCUGCUAUGGAAAAUUCUCUUGUUUGGCAGAGUCUGAAAGGUUUCUCUUUGAGAAGCUGUGUUGCCUACAGAGGCAACCGACAGCAAGCAGCUCUCUGCACUUUGUGUGCCAUAUGUGAGAUUACUGUCCAUCUGUGACGGCCUGAAAACAGCCCACAGCAGAGUGUUCAUUUUUUUACUUCAUUGAAUGAGCUAGUAUAAUCUCUAUUUUUAUCCCAAACUUUCAGUAGGUUAAAGCAUUCACUGAUAGUGUGACUGGUGAUGUAUGAUAAGCUUUAAUUUAAAGCAUUGGGAACAAAGGGAAUUAAGUGGAAAAAUGUACUAUUUAAGGAUUCAAAGCAAAUGUUGGUAUUGCAGCAAUUUUGGAUGCCAGUGAAGUUAUAAAAUGUAAAACAGAUACUUUGUUUUUUACUUUUGAUUUUUAAAGCUCGUACGCUAUCUCUAUUUCCCUCAAAGGACGUAGCAAUGUUUUCUCUCUCCUUCUCUCUGAAAGCUGAAAAGGGUUAAGCACUACAGUCAAUCACGAACAAAACUUUAUGAAAAUAUUAAAUUUUACAUCUGCAGUCUUGAGCCAAAUCCCUUAAAGCUAACACUCCUUUCUAGACCUAUUUACAUAAUAGUAGGUUGUUUAUUUCUGCAUUAUUGUUUGAAUUUACUUGCAUAUAGGAGUAGUGGAUUUCUUUUGGUCCAGCUGGGUUUCACAAGCCAAAAGAGGGAGAAAAUUGUGUUGAAAUGGUUGGAAAUUGUAAUUGUCUUAAAGCAAACAUAUCACUAUGAAUUAUUUUACUAUUUUAUCUCUGUGUUGCUAUUCUGUAUUUUUAGUGAUGAACAAUUUCUUACCAUUCUUACAGAUUUUUAACGUGAUUCUAAAUUGUAUUAUGGACAGGAAAACUUAUAUCCACCCUGUUCUACAAAUGCAACUGUUCCCUAAUCUUAUGGAUUCAUACCUUGUUCAUAUUUCAUCUGAAAAUUAAUAAAAAGGAGCAGGAUUCCAGCAGAAGUUUUUUUUGUUUAAAUCAUACCAUAUGUUUUGAUUUAUUUUUUGUUUUUAAAUGCUAUUUGUAAAUCACAGCUCUCUAGUGUUGAAGAAAAUCUUUUCUAUCUUGUGAAAAAAAAAUGCUGAUGGUUUUGGAACUCUGUCAAAAUAAUCUUUGCAAGAGAAGGUACCAGAUGCAUCAUUUUACAGACUUCUGCCAGAGCAGGGUUUAAGUAAGUCCUCUCUGCUCAAAGUUUGGUGUUGCCAUUAAUCAUAUUUGUAAAAUUUAAUUGCUGUGCAUACGUAUAAGCAUUUUCUUUUAAUGAGCUGUGUAAAUAACAAAAUGCUUUUUUAAAAAAUAGAAGUAUACUAUCACAGUACAUGUAUGAGCAAAGUUGGUAACCAAAGUUUUAUUAUAUAUAACCUUUUCUAAACAAAAACAUCUUAUGACUAAUUGCAGUUUCCAGUGAUUCAUUAUACACUAUUGUGGUCACCUCUACUAUCUUUUCUAAAGUUUGUCUGUCAUAUAGUUAUACUGUGUUUGUCAUUUUCUAACAAAUUAAUAGGAAUAACAUUUUUAAAUGAUAAACACCACAUGUGAAUGAUACAUGGUAGUGUCUGUCAUUGUUAGGCUAAAAAAUAAGGAUAAUAAAAUACAAAUGACCAUGCAAUACAAUAAAAUAGUACUCCAUGUAUUACAUUAAACUUUUUAAUUUUGCAGUGGAGUACUUCAAAGCAAAGGAUUUGUUUUAAAUAUCUGACAAAUGUAACCUGAAUAAAUUAUCUAGGUGUUUACUAUAGGGAAACAAAGUCAUGAAAAACGACAGUAUAUUCUAGUGAUUGGAGCAAAAUGUGUUUUCGUUGCAUAUUCAGUUGUGCAUUAGUCUGAAAUUUAUUAGAAACAUGUGCUCUGAAGACUAAUUUAUUCUGUUUCAGUGAUUGACUGUUCUGUGUCAAUCAUUUGAAUAUUUAAUCUCUAUAUGGAAUAUUUCAACAUCUUUCAAAUGUAGCAUUCUACGGAGGUUAUUUAUUCAUUUAAAGCAGAGAUCUCUAUUCCUGGUCUUGAAGGACUGGUUUGUCGGCAUAUUCUCUUUCCAACUCAACUCAUUAUUGGCUUAAUUAGACAAUUUAACAAUUACUCCUACUGCUUCAGGAGCUGGUUCAUCAAAGAGAGAUGCAAAACCUGCAAAAAAGACCAAUCCUCCAGGACCAGAACUGAAGACUCCUGAUUUAGAUAUAGCAAAAAAAAAAAGGCUGUUUGACAUUAUUAAUGUGAGAUCACUCAGUGUUUUAUUAAACACUAUUAGUGAAGAAAAAAUCUAAAUGAUUAUAUAAUGGGUGUUCAAAGCCACUACCCUGUUUUAUGACAAGAAUGGCACGACAAUAAUUUUUUAACCAGAUACCAUUCCAUAUAAAGAACUUCUUCCAUUUUCUCAGCUCUGCUAAGGAAUCAUUGGUGAGGUUUCAUUUAGUUUGGUGAAAACACUGCAGGUCUGUAUUAAUUUGUGAGCUCAUGACUGAAGCCCAAGGAUUAAGCACUGCAAGUCUCCAUAACACACACAAAUGCACAACCAAAUUAAGAAAACUCAUUUCCAUUAUACCAAGCAAUGUUAUUUUCUUACCACUUAGAUCUGCUGGAUUUUCAAUAACUGAAGAGAGCACUGAAACAUGAAAAAGGAAGUGCUGAAACACAUCUGUCUUGCUAUUUCAGUAGGCUGUCUAAGAACCCCAUACACCACUACCCCUAGAAAAACUGAAAAAGCAGUUAGCCUCAAAAGCAGUGGCUUGAAGGUUUAGACCGUGAAACCCUGUAUUCAAACUACAGAAUAAUCAAUGUGGAUUCGUUACCAAAAUUAUCAGUAUAAAGCAUAUUAUUUCUUCAUAAACACAUACUGUAUCCGAUUUCCUCCUCUAUCAGCCUGACGGCAAGGUAGCUAAAUAUUAAGGGGCAACUUGUCAGAGAAGCAGAUACAUUUCCUAAAUGGAAAAAAACAUUUUCCAUCCUGUUUAAAAGCCAAGUAUUUUUCAGUAUGAUAAUUUUUAGUCUUGAACUCAUUCAUAGCAGUUCUGUGUAAUGAAUGUGAGAUUUAUUUUGUUCUGAAGAACUGAGAACAGAUUUUUGGUAUUUGUGAAUGUUAUUUCUUAAUUCAAAUGUUUAUUUCCUUGCCUUUAUGUAAUUCAGAAAUGCUGUAUUUAUGAAACGCCACAGCGCUUAUGCAAUUGUAUAAUUCUUUUUUAUUAUUGUUAUAAUUUUUCCUCUUCUGUCAAUGUAAAUUACAUGUUGUCAAAAGUUUUGUGAAAGUCGAAAAUCACCGGCUUAAGGAGGUUUUCUGUACUUUUUUGGACAAUACUAUGGAUUUGUGGGUAGAAUUUUGAAAAUUCGUUUCUAAGUGCAUUCAAGUAUUUACUUGGCCUUAUGUAUAUAUAUGAAAUUUCUGAAAGGUAUGUAUAGUAAUUCAAACUAAA